AUGGUUGAGGACUUCUUGGAGGUCUUCAUGGAUAAUUUUUUAGUUGUGGGUGAUUCAUUUAAUGAAUGUCUUGACCACUUGGUUCGAGUGCUGAAGAGGUGUGAGGAGACUAAUCUUGUGCUUAAUUGGGAGAAGUGUCAUUUUAUGGUGAAGGAAGGGAUCAUCCUCGGCCAUCAAAUCUCUGAGAAAGGGAUUGAGGUUGAUCAAGCUAAAAUAGAUGUCAUUGCCAAGCUUCAUCCACCCAUCUCUGCGUUUGAUGAGUUUAAAGAGCAUCUUACUUAUGCUCCUAUUGUUGUUUCACCAGAUUGGUCACUACCAUUAGACCUGAUGUGUGAUACGAGCGGUUUUGUUAUUGGUGUUGUGCUUGGUCAAAGGGCCUGUCUGUUAGGGUCCAAGGUGGUUGUAUACACUGAUCAUGAAGCUUUGAGGUAUCUGAUGGAGAAGAAAAAUGCAAAACCACAAUUGAUUAGAUGGGUCCUCUUACUGGAAGAAUUUGACUUCGAGAUGAGAGAGUUGCAGUGGUGUCAUACGGUGGCACCAUGGUAUGCAGAUAUUGCCAACUUUUUGGUGACGGGUCUUAUUCCAGAUGAAAUCAAGAUAUAUCAGAACAAGAAAAUCUUGAGGGACUCUCAUCAGUACUAUUAG